AUAUACUUAUGUAGUUAUGUAGAACACUAGAAGAGCACUGCUUUAGUUAAUUUAAUUUAACAUUUUGCCCCAAAAAGAAAAAGAAAUCCUAUUAAGACAUUAUCUGCCAAAAGCAAAGGAAACAAAUUAUGUGUAGUAGAUACAUUAGUUUUGUUACCAUUCAAGUUAUUUUCUGUUGUCAUUUUUAAAUAAAAUAAAGUGUAACUCACAAUACUAAAAGCAAGAUAUAAUCAAAUUUUAGCUAUGCCACAUCAGCAUGGAAAUUCAAGCCAAUCAAAAUGUAAUUAGAUGCCAUGUCAUUUAAGCAAAACAAAUCUUACCUAGCGAUGGAUUAACAUUGAAGAAACCCUCUCAGGUUCUUUUCUUUAUUGAUUUGCAAUCCCUUUCUUCGUCGUCUUACGAUUCCAUCUUUAAAGUUUCCACCUUUCCGACGGAAACUUACGUUGACUUUGUUUUCAUUUUGAUCAUUACAGCGUCUUCUCUCCUUCUCCGCCAUUCAAACUGAUCGGAGCUAUAGUUCGUUCGAUCAUCCCUCGUGGGUUUUCCUCUAUCUGUUUCCCGCGCUAGAUCUAUGGCCGUUUUAGUCAAAAAAUUUGCUCGCAGAGACGGUAGCGAACAAUCUGGGUCGGUCGAGCAAGAAGCUUCCAUCAAUGGGUCUCCAGAGAUCCGAUACGAGAGGGUAACCGGUCGUGGGAUUGAAGCCAUCGUUAAUAGUCUGAGCACAUGGGUUGUGUCUAUUCUGUUUGCUUCCAUCAUUCUUCUGCGGCGUGAUGGUACUGCCUUGUGGGGAAUCAUUGGAUCCGUUUUGAAUUCGGCUCUUUCAGUGGUGCUGAAGCGUAUACUUAACCAAGCGAGGCCUGCUACAACCUGGCGUCCUGAUCCCGAGAUGCCAUCUACUCACGCCCAGUCUAUCUCUUUCAUAUUUGUGUUUGCUGUUUUGUCUGGUAAGCAAUUAAAAAGAACUUGGAACUAGGGAAGCCAAUUGUGGGUUUAGAGGUGAUCUUUAUGGUAAGCUUAAUCUUCAGUUACGUUUUACAUGUAUUUCCUUUGAAACUUUAAUAAGGCUCUAACCUCUCUGCACGUGACAUAUUUUGCAUCCAAAAUUUCAGAUAUUAUCCAGCUAAUCAAUGGUCAGUCUGUCACCGACCGCCCCGUCGUCCUUCACGGAGUAGGAGCAGCAACCACUGAGCCAGUGUUAGUUUAAAUUCUUGGGGAAAAGCCAUCUGAGGGAGUUUAGGCAACCAAGUGACAGUUUUCCUAAUCUCUUGAUUCCAAGUAGUAGUUCUACAAAUUUUGAAAGCAAAACCCUCUGAGAAAGUUAUCCUAAUCUUUUAAAUGUGUUCAUUGUAGACUCUUGAGAACAUAGCAUUCAGCAAGAAUACAGAGAAAUGGUAGAGAGGCAUGUGUUUACAAGCACAUAUUUAAAAAUCUGUUUUUCUCAGUUUAAUCUCUUGAAUCAGUAUUAGUAAUGGGUUCAUGAUGAUCCUUUACCGUGUGUAGACAGUGGAUAGAUUGAAACUGGAGACAGUGAGCAUAUUUUUCAGAAAGCAAUCAUGGAACUAGGAAGAGGGCAGGUUGGUAUUUAGUGCAAGAGAACAGCUGUUACGUGUAUCUCAAAUUAGAUUAUUUUCUGUCUCUAUGCAUGCAGAUAAUAAAUAAUUGGAUACACUUGCUGAGAUUCAGGAACUGCACGACACUUUCAGAGGCUGGACAAGAAACUCCUCCACAUUGUAGGUUAUAAUAAAAAUGAUGAAUCUGAAAGUGUCAAACAAGAUGGUGAACUAAUGAAUGCUUCUGAAAUCGUCCAGGUGCUACUAAUGGCGAAGAGGUGGAAGAGUUUCAAAGCCAGACGAAAGGUCAAGCAAUCUGAAUACCAUCAAUAGAUCAAGGAAAACAAGAGAUGAGUGGGAAACAAAGAGUAGAGAAGUCUGAAGAAGAAGAUGGUCGUGGAGAAGAAUUAAGAAGAGACAAUAUUCAAGUGAACUACUCAUAAGAAGAAAAGGUCGAAUACAUACCCUUUUAGUUCGUCUGACUCUAAAGCUCAAAAGUUCCAAUGAAAGUAGAAGAAACUAAGAAGGAUAAUGUGACAUCUGAGUUGAGGUUGGUCUCUUCUUCUACAUGUCUCUGUGUUCUUAGAAGUUUUUAGAUAUUCUUUCCAUGUAACUUAUGUCAUUCUAACAUGUAAUACAUUUAUUUAAUUGAUCGUUUAUUAAAUAAUAUUAUUCCUCUCCACU